GGCGUCGCCGUGGGCUCGGCCUCUGCGCUCGCGCCGGGGCCCGGCCGCCUAGGCAGCCUCGCUCGCCACAGCCUCUCGGGCAUGAACCGGGCCUCCCGCCGCCGUCCGCUGCUCUGCUCGCUGCUGCCGCUGAAUCCCUACUGUGGGCCCGCGCCAGGAACAUGCCCCUGGCUGCAUACUGUCACCUCCGGGCCGUGGGCAGGGGCAGCUACGGGGAGGUGACGCUCGUGAGGCACCGGCGGGACGGCAGGCAGUAUGUCAUCAAAAAACUGAAUCUCCGAAAUGCUUCCAGCCGAGAGAGGAGAGCUGCUGAACAAGAAGCUCAACUCUUGUCUCAGCUGAAGCACCCCAACAUUGUUACCUACAAGGAAUCAUGGGAAGGAGGGGAUGGUCUGCUGUACAUUGUCAUGGGCUUCUGUGAAGGAGGUGAUCUGUACCGAAAGCUCAAGGAGCAGAAGGGGCGGCUUCUACCCGAACGUCAGGUGGUGGAGUGGUUUGUGCAGAUCGCAAUGGCUCUGCAGUAUUUACAUGAAAAGCAUAUCCUUCACCGAGAUCUGAAAACUCAAAAUGUCUUCUUAACAAGAACAAACAUCAUCAAAGUGGGUGACCUAGGAAUUGCCCGAGUGUUAGAGAACCACUGUGACAUGGCUAGUACCCUCAUUGGCACACCCUACUACAUGAGCCCUGAAUUGUUCUCAAACAAACCUUACAACUAUAAGUCUGAUGUUUGGGCCCUGGGAUGCUGUGUUUAUGAAAUGGCCACCCUUAAGCAUGCUUUCAAUGCAAAAGACAUGAAUUCUUUAGUUUAUCGGAUUAUUGAAGGAAAGCUGCCGCCCAUGCCAAAAGAUUAUAGCCCAGAGUUGGCAGAACUGAUAAGAACAAUGUUGAGCAAAAAGCCUGAAGAAAGACCUUCUGUGAGGAGCAUCCUGAGACAACCUUACAUAAAACGCCAAAUCUCCUUGUUUUUGGAGGCCACAAAGGCUAAAACCUCCAAAAAUAAUAUUAAAAAUGGUGACUCUAAAUCCAAGUCUGUUGUUGUAGUGGUCUCUGGAAAGACUGAAGCAAAUCAUGAAGUAGUUCUCCCCCAACUACACUCUUCUGAGGAUUCCAAGAUACAUAUAAUGGGUGAAGACAAAUGUUUGUUCCAGGAGAAACCGAUAGUCAUUGACCCAUUAAGGACACCUAUGAGUCUGAAAGGCCACACCGGCAAGGCAGACAUGAGCAGUACUGCAGAGUCACUAGCUACAAUCAGUAGGGUGAAUAUUGACAUCUUACCAGCAGAAAGGAGGGACUCAAUGAAUGUUGGCUUAGCUCAAGAGAAUCAACCAAGACACUCAGAUGCUUUUGUUGAGCUAGAAGGCAAAUGCAAUAUUUCUCAAGUGAAGGAAAAUCUGCAGUAUAACACUAAAUCCAGCACUCAACCUGGAAACCUAAUUUCUACACGGGCCACUAAUGAUGUUACUGGGGGAAGAACUGACCCAGUGAAGCCUCUGCAGCCCCUAAACAAAGACCAAAAGCCAAAGGACCAGGCUCAAGAUGCUGGUGAAUGUAUUAUAGAGAAACAGGAUAGAAUUCACCCAGGUUUACAGCCACACAGCUCUGGAUCUGAGCCUUCCCUGUCUCGACAGCGACGGCAGAAGAAAAGAGAACAGACUGAGCACAAUGGGGAAAAGAGACAGCUCCAACACGCUUCUCGAAUUUUGCCUUCUCUUCCCGUUAUCGGAAAAGUAGAUUCAACACAAAAGGAUGCUGAAAACCGAAGUGUGGUGGUCACUGCAUCUGUGAGCAGUUCAGGGAGCAGUGAGAUAUCAUCAAAGGAUCGGCCAUUAUCAGCGAGAGAAAGGAGGCGACUAAAGCAGUCACAGGAGGAACUUUUCCCCUCAGGCCCGUCAGUGAGGAGAGCUUCUCUGAGUGCAGUGGGGUCAGAGAAGCCACAAGAGGAAGGCCAGCCAACUCCAACUGGAUGGUUGUCUUCUGACGGCACUGUUGCUCAGGAACGGAAACUCACCCAUUGUGUUUCUGAGGAUGAGUUAAGUUCUUCUACAAGUUCAACUGAUAAAUCAGAUGGGGAUUCCAGAGAAGGGAAAGGUCAUACAAAUGAAAUGAGUGACUUGGUACAAAUGAUGACUCAGACCCUAAAACUGGACUCUAAAGAAAGCUGUGAAGAUCUCCUACUACCAGAUCCAGUGUCAGAAUUUAAACUUCACCGGAAGUAUCGGGACACGCUCAUACUUCAUGGAAAGGUUGCAGAAGAAACAGAGGGACUCCACUUUAAAGAGCUACCUUCAGCUAUAAUGCCAGGUUCUGAAAAGAUCAGAAGAAUAGUUGAAGUUUUGAGAGCUGAUGUAAUCCAGGCCCUGGGGAUUCAGCUUUUAGAACAAGUGUAUGAUCUUUUGGAAGAGGAGGAUGAAUUGGAAAGAGAGGUACGUUUACGGGAGCACAUGGGUGAAAAGUAUACAAUUUACAGUGUGAAAGCUCGCCAGUUGAAAUUUUUUGAAGAAAAUGUGAAUUUUUGAGAAUUUAUUCUAAUCUGCUGCCAGAACUGAAGAGCUAUUUUUAAAGGAUUUUUGCUUUAACAAAAACAAGUCCAUGACAAUGGUUGGAGACCAUUCACCAUCCUUGUAUCUUUUUGGGGUUUUUUAACUUAAAAAAAAUUGACAGACCAGAGCAAUAUGAAGCAAGCUCACAAGAGGGAAAAAAAACACACACAAAAACUUUGGCUAUCUUAUUCUCUUUAUAAUGAAAAAUGUGUAUAUUGUUUACGGAGCCUUAACCACCAAUAUCUACAACUUUAUUUUUUUAAUAUACUAAUUAGCUUGAAUUAGCUAAACACAGGCUCAUAAGAGAUUAUAAGUUUUAUAUUGUAAUAUAGUGAUAAAAGCAAUAGGAGAAAUAAAUGAUGCAGUAUGUCCAGUGAUACUGUUUGUUGUUAAUAACUUUAGGUACUAGUUGAUAAGUUAUUUUCUUAAAAAGUCAAUUCAUGAUUCAAGAUUUAAAGAAUAUGAAGUUGUAUCUAGUACUUAGGCAGUUGAAUUCCUUUUUUUAUAUACUGAUGGAUAUUUAGCAUUUUGUUUUCAUUUAAUACAAACCUCAUUUAGGGUAUACAAGAAAUAAAACUUUGUUAUUUUGGCUUUGUAAAUCAAUGUUUUUACAUACUUUUUUUUUUUUUGAGAAUUUUCCAUAUGAAGACAUUUCUUAAACAUGAAUUCCUUCUCCAAUUAAGUAACUUGUAAGUCAAGUCCAGAUCCUUUUAGUUAUGUUGGACAUAUGUGACACCUGAGGUUUGUUGUCUUAUAUACCAAGAUACUGGUUGUCUCCCCAUUUUUAAUGUAUUAAGUAUAUGUCACACAUUUUAUUAGUUGUCUAAAUGGGAGUAUUGCCCAUGUAGGAAAUAAAGUUUUUAUAAAAUAGAGGGUCUUGAUUAGUAAAUUUUCACUUGUAUAUUUCAAGGGAUUCUUAAAAAUGGAUACUGCUCUGGUAUGUCUAUUCAUAAUUAAAAAUGUAUAUUACAUUCUUUGAAAAUUAUACACACGUGAAACACCAAUGAAAUGUUCCAUCCUUUCCAGUCGUUAU